AUGCUAGUUCCGAUCGGGUCGACGCCGUCCCGGGGAUGCAACACUUUUUUUUUCCAGGCCCCAUUUCCCCCUUUCCUGGCGGCCAUGCUCUCAGAGAGCUUUGUCGCCUCAGUGUUGGCGUCGUCAAAGACUCCGGCCUCCUCCACCCUGAAGGAUGUGGGUAUCUGUAUCCAUGAGCUGCAGCCCGCCUCCGCACUGCGAGCCACCUUCAAGAAGAGCUCCACCGCUCCGAAUGGCCUGGCUGUGACGCCAACCCAUGUGUUCGCCGCUCAGGCCGACAAAGCCGUCGUUCAUGUUUACAGCAGAGCCAGGGGUAAUCAGGAGGCAACCGUCCCUUUCCCAGAGCGGAUCCGCAGUGCGGCGGUAGCAGGAGGACCAAAUAGCGAGGUCCUGGUGCUGGGGACGGAGGGAGGCCGAUUGAUCCUGUGGGAGACUUGCACCGGACGCCAAGUGUCGACCGUACCCGCCCAUCUCCAACCUGUGACGUCUCUCGUGGUCGAUCCCACGUCGAAUUUCAUCCUCUCUGGAUCGCCCGAUGCCAAUGUCCAUGUGUGGUCUCUGCCCCGGCUGCUAGCCUUUGCGAAACCGGCAUCCACCGGACGGGAUCAGAAACCGCCGAAUUCACCCCUCCGCUCGUUCUCGAACCAUCGAACAGCCAUUACAGCACUAGCAGUUGGCCACAGCAGCAGCCGGAGCAAUAUUGCCAUCUCCGCCGCCAGAGACAACACGGCUGUGGUCUGGGAUUACCAUACGGGAGAUGUCUUGAGGACGUUCCUGUUGCCCUCGACCGCUGUGUCCAUCACGGUCGACCCGGCAGAUAGGGCUUUCUAUGUUGGGUAUGAGUCCGGAAACGUGCAGAGGGUGGACUUUUAUGAGAAUCCGUCCGUUCAGCAUCCCCUAUAUGAUGCUCGUCUGCAGUCGACUCCAUCUCAGAUCGAUGCUGAACACCAAUGGACGGCCCCGUCGUCGGAAUUUGGUGCGGCGAUGAGUCUGACGCUGUCAUAUGACGGCACGAUACUGCUGUCCGGACACCAAAACGGGUCGAUCCUGUCGUGGGAUAUCGCGCGGGCGAAGUAUGCUUCGACUGUCGCGGAUAUUACACACCCAGUCACGAAUUUGCAAAUGCUACCGCCCAGUGGAUUUCCUCAACGGUCAUCGUCGAACGACUCUCAAUAUACGAUCCACAAUGUUAUCAAACCCCGAUAUGACCAAACAAUGUCGGAUUCCUCCCAAAGCACCGGAAUUGUCCCUCCGAAUUAUACCUUCAACGUUCAAUUGACCCCUUCGUCAUCAUCUCAACCGUUGGUCUCCUCCAGCACGGAAGACCGGUCUUCCAAACCUGAUCUGUUCUCCGAAGCAAUGACCCAUCCUUUCUUCCCCCCAGCUCUGAUUGAGGAAGGCCUUGCAGAGCUAGCCGCGUUGGACCAUGGCGUAACUACCAAAGGCACCAUUCCAUCGUCGGCCACCCCUAACGGAGACUCUGUCGAUUCCUCGGCAUCUGUGAUCCAGUCCCUGGAAGCCGAAAUCGCGAGCCUCAAGAAGCAAUUAUCGACAAACGAGAAGGCCCGCCGUGCCACGACGGACGAGCUGGUCCAACUCCGAUCGGACCUGGCCAGUCUGCAGGACUACACGAGCGAGCUGCAGCUGAAACACGCGCGGUCGCUUCGGGAGAAAGCCGUGGCACGUGCCAAGAAGGAAGCGCGUGAUCUCGAGCGGCGACAGGCCUGGUUCGACGCGGAGAGGAAGGGGCAAAACGGGGAUGCCCUGUUACGGAAAGCGCGAACCCGGGAGGCGGAUGGCGAUGCCGAGACGAGCGAGUCCGGAGACAUGAGUGACGAGAGCUGA